UGUUGAUAUAUUUUCUAACAGAGUACACACGUGUUCGCAUUACAAAUGUCAGUGGAUUUUAAUUGUUAUAUUUUUUUUUUAAUUAAUAAUUAAUUCACAACUGUACGGUAUUACAAAUAUAAUUAAGCAUUUAAUAAUAAUGACUAGUGAAAUAAACAGUUUCCAGGAUUUAAAUCUUAAUUCUUGGAUAGUAAAACAAUGCACUCUUAUUGGUGUAAAAAAACCUACUCCAAUUCAAAAAAACUGUAUACCUAGAAUUUUAGCCGGUGAUGAUUGUAUUGGUUGCGCUAAAACAGGAAGUGGUAAAACGCUAGCAUUUGUAUUACCAAUUUUACAAAAAUUAUGUGAAGAUCCUUACGGAAUAUUUGCACUUGUGUUGACACCAACACGUGAAUUAGCAAGUCAGAUUGGUGAACAAUUUACUGCAAUAGGACAACCAAUUAAUUUGAAGACAUGUGUGAUAUUAGGGGGUAUGGAUAUGAUGGCUCAGGCACAAGAGCUUUCAAAACGUCCGCACAUAGUAGUCGCGACACCAGGACGUCUUGCUGAUCAUCUAGAAAGCUGUGAUACUUUUUCACUGGAAAAAAUAAAAUUUGUGGUACUGGACGAAGCUGAUAGACUACUUGGUGGACACUUUGAUGAGCAAAUAAAAACAAUUUUCUCAGCAUUACCCAAACAACGUCAGUCUCUUUUAUUCAGUGCCACUAUGACAGAUGCACUGGAGCAGGUUAAAAAGGUUGCGCGCAAUAACGUAUUUGAAUUUGAAGACAAAGACGACAGUGGAAUUGCGACAGUAAGAGAACUAGAUCAACGUUACGUUGUCUGUCCAAGAGGAGACGUACGUGACGCCUAUCUAGUAGAAGUAAUUCGUACAUUUAGAGGAAUAAAUCCCAGUGGGUCUAUUAUGAUUUUUACUGAUACCUGCAAAAAUUGUCAGCUAUUAUCGAUGACUUUCAAUACCGUGGGAUUUGAAAACGCUGCUCUACAUGCGAUGAUAAAACAGCGCGAACGUUUGGCAGCGCUGAGAAAAUUCAAAUCUAAUCAUAUUAAAAUAUUGAUCGCUACGGAUGUCGCUGCUCGAGGGCUUGAUAUCCCUCUUGUUGAGCUUGUGAUCAAUCAUACGAUCCCUAAUGUCCCGAAGGAAUAUAUCCACCGUGUCGGCAGAACUGCCAGAGCUGGUCGGGGUGGGAUGUCUAUCAGUUUAAUUAGUCCUCAUGAUAUUAAAUUAUUGCAUGCUAUUGAAGAAACUAUCGGAACUAAACUUAAAGAGUUUAAAGUUGAUGAUAAAGAAAUAGCGACAAUAUUUACCCAAGUAUCGGUAACGAAACGUGAAGCUGAAAUAGUAUUGGAUGAAACAGAUUUUUAUGAAAAGAAAAUGAUAAACAAGCGAAAAAAAUUACUGAUGGAAGGAAAGACUGAAGAAGAAAUAGAUGAAAUUCUCGCGCCUAAAAAGAAACACAAGAAAAAAGAAAAGAAAAUAAAAUCAACUGAGACUAAUGAAGGUGACGAUAAAACAAAAUUAAUACCAACAAUUAAUAUAUGA